AAUUCUUUAUUUUCAGAUCACUAUAGUUCUGUGGCUAAUACGUACGACAGCUUCUACAAGGCAACUUAUGAGGCUGUAAUUCCAGUCCUGAUUGAAUAUUUAGAUUUGAGGCCGCAACACAAUGUGGUAGACAUCGGUAGUGGAUCAGGUUUUAUCGCAGAAAGUCUCUGUAAAUUGUCGGGGUUAGAGAACCCUGUUUGGUGCGUGGAUCCCAGCGUAGAAAUGCAAGAACUAGCCCGCAAAAGGAAAGGGGUCUACCCCGUUCAGAAAACGGCGGAAGAAUUCUUUUCAGGUCCAAAACUCAGCCAGUGCUUCGAUAGAGUAGUAGCAGUUUUCAGCGUACAUCACUUUGCUGACCCGGUUGAUGUAUACAAGGGCAUAAUACGCUCUCUUCGCCCUGGUGGGAUUUUCCUUCAGCUUAUUACAAUGAAGGAUGGAAAUCCAAUUUUCAAAAACUCUACAAAGGUUUUCGGCACUUAUUUUGAUGUGGUAAACGACAGCCAGAAGCUACUCAGAGAAAUUGACAGUGCCGACAUCCGAAUCUCCGAGCACGAGGUCACAUUUACGGAGGCGAUGACAAAAUCCAACUUGUGUGACUCGCUACGAAGGCGUUAUUCGAGUGAGUUAAACCAUCUAACGGAUGAGCAAAUCGAGGAGAGAGUAAAACAACUGGAGAAGGAAUUAAGCGAAUUCAACGAACAUGAACCUAUCACAUACAACCGUUUAGUUAGUGUAACGAAAGUGGAGAAAAAAGGGAAGUAAAUACCCCGAACUACUGGAAGGUUUUGUUGACUGAAACUUUUAAAAAGCUCUUUACAACAUUUAGUUACAUCUAGAAGCUUAAAAACGCAGUUUUCAACCAAGUAAAUAAUCAAUUCCAGGCGAUCUCUUCAACUAAUUUUUGCUUUUAAUAAUUAUGGAGCGUCCCGCUUAAGCCUGGUUUUCACUACGACAUAAUAACAAGCAUAAGCGUAAGGUAGCAAGGAUGCCCACAACACAAAUAUAACCACGUAUUCGCAAAAUGGAUAACUGCCGACCAAAUGUACACCAAAAAAUGCCGUUUUUAACCAGGUUUUUGGCUGCCAUGACGCUAAAUGGGCCUCAGUUUGGCUCAACAAGCUAUUUUUACCAAACAGAUAGAUUUCCCCAAGAUUAAGUAUAAAAAUGUAGAAUAUUUUAGUUUGGAGCAUGCGCAUAAGCCAAAAUAUGGAUUGCCCGUUCCGAACUUUUUUAUUGCCCUUUUCCUUUCCUUUUUCUCGGCUCUUUUACUCUCGCUACCUUUUCCGUUUCAUAUUCUCUCUGGCUGCCCUAAAAGUUGGGUGUUAAUUAUGGGAAAAGCCUGGAAAUGGGACCUUGAUCAAUUAUAGGUAUAA